GAAAAACUGAGACACCUAAUGAAUCUCUCACAGAAAAAUUGAAUCAGACCCUAUAUACCAAUGAUCUAGAGUAAGAAUCCAAGGAGUAGAUGAUGGAAGCUUCAAGGAAAAUCAAUCAAAAGCCACCUCAUGUUUCGUCUAAUGAUCACAUACCUUCUCUUGAUUCCAAUCCUCUGAAUGUUAAUCCGGUUUCUAAUGCCACUAGUACCCAUGAUCCGGGUCGUUUAAGUAUAAAUCCAUCUAAUGAACUUAUAACGUAUAUUUUCCCUGAUUUUAAUGCAGUUAAGUAUUUCCAACGAGAGUUUAUGCAGUUGAAUGAGUUCCAUUUAAUUGAAGAAUCCCGUGCCUCCGGGUUUGAUAUAUAUAUGGUUGAACAAUGGGUUUAUAAUAGAAAAGUUGGUAGUAUAGUAUCUACUUUCACUGGGAAUAUGUCUUCUGAAAUAUCCGUGAUUAAAUUUACGAUCUUGAAGAAACCAACUAAGAAUUAUCCUUUGAGGUUUCAAGAAUAUUUAAACGAAGUGAUGUUAAAUCAUGGGAAAUUGAAAAAAAUGGAUCAGUCAAGAUCUAAAGUAUCAAGUGAUAUUGAUAAUCAUGUCAAUGAAUACUUAUUUGUUACAAACUUGACUGCAUUACCACCAAAUUUGAAUUUAAUUCCAAUUCCACAGAAUGAUGCAAGAGUAAUUGAAGAAUUUUUCAUAUUAAAUUCAAAUUUGAAAAAACUUCAUUGUAGUGGUCGGUCAACUUAUUUAAUCACUGAUAAGAUUUCGGAUGCUAAUGAAGAUAAAUUCAGGCAUAUGUAUAAGAUUUAUAAUACCACUAUUCCAAUUGAAUUUGCCAUUAGAGAAUUGAUUAAUAUUAUUCAAACUUGUCUUUUCUAUUUUGAUUUAUUAGAUGCUAAAUAUUGCGAUGGUUUACUUUGUAAUAAAACUGAAGAAGCUAUUUUAAAUUGGUGGAACUUGAUUGGUUUGCCCCACUUUAAUGUUAAACCUAAUAACCACCAUGGCAUCCUACCUUCAAGAACUGUUGCUGGAAUAAUAUCUUUGAUUAUUAGUGUUAAGUUAAGAUUACAUUUAAUUGGUGGAUGUGAUGCCCCAAAGGAUCCUUUUGAUUUUGAAAAUUUCAUGAUUUCAAUCGGACAGUUCCAAAAACAAUUUAAAUUAGAAAAGAAAAGAAAAUUGGAUUUGGAUACCAUCAAUAAAUUAUUCACUAUAACUAAUCAUAAACUUCUCCCUGAUUAUAAUAAUUCUCAUUACAAUAACUCUUCUCCUUCUAAUGAUUACAAUAAAGAUGACCUAGAUGAUUCUUUUGAUUCAAUGGCUAACAUGUCUGCAGCUACUUAUAGAAGAAAUAAACAUUAUUAUAGAAAAGAAAUGAAGAAAAUUACCGAUGUGGUUAAAAAUACUGUCCAGGAUCAUAUGUCUACAAAAGAUGAUGAUAAUUACUUCUUCACUGAUUCUUCAACUAAUUUGAAAUCAAGUGGAGCCAAGCUUAGAAAUAGAAUAGCAAAACUAGCUGAUAGUGUAAGCCCGAUUGACGUGGAAACCCUUGAUUUAGAAAUUUUGGUGAAAAAUUACUUGGUGGGUAAAACUUUACAUCGACUUUGGUAUGCAACUUCGUCAAGCGGUAAUAAUGUUAAUACUUCAAAUAAUACCUCCUCCAACAAAAAGUUUGGUAACGAUUCUCAAUUCACCAAUGGAAAUGAUAACACUGCCUCUAGUAACCAACGUCACGGAUAUCAUCAUCACCAUCAUCAUCAUCAUCAUCAUCUCCACAAUAACAAUAAUUAUUCAACCUCAAGUCGUCAUAAGAAUGGUUUUGCUGAUAAAGCAAUACCAAAGAAUUAUCAAUUUGUCAGUUUGAAAGAUUCAAUAACAAAAAGUCAAGGGAUUGGAUUUGCAAAUCCAAAUAGUUCCCUCAUUUCGGAACCCUCAAGGUAUUCUCGUGGUUUGAAUAAAAUGAAAUUUGGUCUACUGAACAAGCGAGGGCUAUUAAGUACAAACGCAGAUCAAAAAAGUGGAUCAAAACCUUAUCAAGAUGAUUCAUCCAAUGAAGAUAUCAGUUAUGCAAAUGAAUUAAAUGGUGCUACUGACCCCAGAGAAAUCAAUUGUUCUGCUGAUGAAAACAGAGGCCAACAUUCAAAUCAAAUAAAUGACUGUUCGAAUAAAAACCGCGAUAUAUUUGAAGAGGAUGACUUGCAUCAAUUUCAAAUGAAUUUGAAUAGACGGAAUUCAUUCCCAUUUGUGAAGAAAAAGGGAGAGAUAAACUUAGAUAUUAUUGAAUUUCUAAGAAAUGAAAAAGUCACUACGAAAGAGAAAAGGCACAACAAAAAUUCAGAUCAUAAUUCUUUGCAAAACAAUAAUUUAGAGAUUAUGAAUGAUUACAGAUUGAAAAAAACCAGAAGUUUUUCAAAUUUAGAAGAUUUACCCUUACCAACUAAUCAAAGCAUAAAUAAAAAGUAUCAACAAUUGAAUUUGGAAUUAAUCAGACUGCAUAAUAAUCAUAACCAGAUGGUUUCGAAUAAAGUAAAAAUCAUUGACGAAGACCUAUCUGGAAAUUUAGAUUAUAAGAUUAGUGAUUUAACAGCUACAAUUGACCGAAUUGUUUAUGAAACUAGAAUUGUCGUACAAAGAAUUAACGAAUUAGAAGAAAAUUCUAACUUGUUUGAUAGUAAAUUAAAUGAUCAAUGUAUGAAAAAACUAGCUACUAUUAUUAAUCACUUGGUCCGUCUGAAUAAAUUCAAGAAAGUCUUUGACGACCCAGAUGAAAGAAAUGAGUUGGUAUUGAAGCUCACAGGAAAUUCAGAAAGUGAGUUGGUUAAUAGAGUGGAUAAAAAUUCAAUUGACAAUGAGGGACUUUUCAGAUUAAUUGUCAUAUUCAUUUACGAUAUGAUUGAUUUCAUUUUCCAACUCUUCAAAUUCGAUCGAUCCAAAAUGAAUUUGGAUAGGAUCAGGCAAUCUUGGGGUAAACUUGAUCCAAACAGAAAAUACAUCAACAAAGCAUAUAGUUACCUUGGUAGGGACCCAACAAGAGGUGUGGACAUAGAGGAGUUGAAAAAAGAUGAGCCAGAGAAUGAAUCACCUCUGCAUAUUAGCCUAGCAAAUGAAAAUGAAACUACUAUGGAAUCAAGUAGUAAUGACGAACACAAACUUUCUUCCAGUUCUUCCUUGUCUCUGUGACUGCACAUUUCUAAUUAAUGAUAAAACU